GUCAAGAUGAUCAACUUGUUCACGUUCCUGGUGGAGAAGCUCUCCCUCCUCUGCAACCUCAAAGUCUUCUUCGCGGCCACGUCCGUGCAGGGGCCCGACAGACCCACGCAGCGUGGACCCCCGCUGCGCAGGGGGGACCUGCUGGAGGUGCCCAGGACUCUCUUCACGCACUUCGGCAUCUACCUGGGCGACAACAAGGUGGCGCACCUCAUCCCGGAUAUCCUCCCCAUGCUCACCCACGACCGCCGGCUCCUCCGCUCCGUGGUGACCAACAAGCGGCUGGUCGUGGGCUGCGUGUACAAGUGCGCCUCGGUGCGAGUGGACACGCUGGAGGACUUCGCGUACGGUUCGCGCAUCCUGGUGAACCGCAUGGACGGCGGCGUCGCGGCGAAGGCGCUGCCCGGGGAGGAGGUGGCUCGCAGGGCGGAGGCGCUGGUGGGCAGCGUGCCCUACAGUCUGCUGUGGAACAACUGUGAGCACUUUGUCACCCACUGCAGAUACGCGCGCGCGGCCAGCAGGCAGACCGAGCAGUUCUGCGAGUAUCUGAAGUCACUUAUCAGAGACCAGCGCAGCAUCUUGGUCACUGGAAUGCUCGGCAUCGUCUCCAUUGUCUUUUUCGGCAUGGCUCCUUCCACGACGUUACCCACAAUCCUUAUUCCCUUCACUCUGUGGAUGGCAGGAUGAUUUAAAUACUCAGACUGAAAACAUGUCGCUUACAAUGUAUAUAGUUUGCUAUGUGCCUUGUAGUUUGUCUAAACUUGAAGUUAGUGCAUCAUCUAACACAGUUUCUAAUGAUAUUUCUUGCUGUAAUGACAAUAACUGGCUUAUUUCUUCAGCAUUAUAGUGGAUAUUUUUUUAGUUGUGUACAAUAUUGCGAUGUAAAUAAUAAAAAUGUUAUUUUUA